CUUUUAUUUUCGCAAUAUUAUGUGUCACCCUCAACAUACCAUAUACUUAAAAAUCAGAUUUUUAGGGUAAACGAUAGUGAAAAGUGGUUCUAAACUAUUUCUCAUGGUUUAUUCUUAUAUAAGACUCAAUAGUUCUUUCUGAGAUUGUAUUUUGUUCCAUUUCUCGAAGUUUAUAAACAAACAACUUCAACUCAGAAAGACCCUUAACUUGCAGCUAUCUGUGAGCUCGGAUUUGUAUUUUAUUGACCCGUUUACUGAAUAAUUGGCUUUGUUCUGUUUGAUACAACAUUCACAGUACUUUGAGGAGUGUCUCUGAAAGAGUUGGAAUGCUAUGGGGGUUGUUGUACUGCUGCAACCGUUCAAGGCGUAGAGCUCACGAAGAAAAAUUGGUUCUUAAAGAAGAGGAAAAUAAUUUUUCUUGUUCGGCUACUCAUAAAGAGCGAUCCAGUAAAAAUUCCCGUUCCAGUUUAAGCAUAGAAUGGACAACGGAAGCUCUUCAACAGUUUAUUUACCAAUAUUCAGCUCGGCGAAAUCUUUCCAAUGAGCAAAGCAUGUCUUUUUCAUAUUUUUCUGAGUCUUAUGCACAGCUAUUUAAACACAUAUAUUACAGCGACAGCCGGUCCAUGACAGAAGCAGAUGAGGCUCAGGCUAUUGUUACGUUUACCAUCGGUUCCUAUUUAUACAAAUACAGCAAUCCCAAGUCCGUAUUUUGGAAACGCUUGACCGAACAUAUGGAAAACAUUGAGGACGAUGGUACAUGUACAGCGCAUCAGCUAGAAUUUCGAAAAAAGGUUGCACUUACACACGUCGGUCAUCCGGCUUUUCAUUUCCUCCCCUUCCAGGAUAAACGAACUUUUCAUUACAUAUGGUCUUUAUUUGUUUCUUCAUAUUUUAUGAAUGCUGCUUCUAUCCCUCCUUCCCCCCAACGGCCAGCUGCAGACAAUACCGCGCAACGAAAAAAUAAAAGAUCCACACCACAGGAAAUUAAAGAACGAGAAGACGUCGAUGUUUUAAGAGAGAAAUUCACGCAGCUUCUUUUAGAAUGUCCUGAUGAAUACUGUGAAAACUGGCUACAACGGUUAUAUAUUACAUGUAUUCUUCCAAAAAAUCAUUAUAUUUAUGUUUUAGAUGAAAGUCUUGACUUUUUAGAAUCCAUUGAAUCCAUGAAGCAGCAGAUCGUUAAUCGAAAAGCUGCAGCUCUUGACUAGAGACCCGUUUUAGAUUCGAGCUUUCUGUGAUUCGCUUCAUGUAUAUAUUCUUUUUGUCUUUACUUUAUGUUUGUUUGUUUGUUUGUUUCUUUUUCCUUCGAAAAAUGGGUAUUUUUUAUGAGAAACUAUAAUCGUUUAGAAUAUAAUGACGAUUCUUUCCUUGCUUGAAUUAAUUCAUUUUGCCUUUUCUAGUCAUUUGACAUGAACAAUUUAACAAUCGACAAUAAAUGUCAUACACGUACCAAAGUGAAAUACCACACUUAUUACACUUGGCAAUUUUCUUCUACAACACUACUCUGCAGUCGUGUAUACAUACUCAUCUGAAAAUGGUUGCCUCCCAUAUUACCAGCUACAGAACAACAGUUACAAGAGCAAAUAUAUCCAUUAAUACAAAAGGUAGAUUUUUAACGGUUGCUCUUGGCAACACGCUCGAGUUCAUCCUUCUUCUUAAUGGCAUAAGAGUUAGAAGAACCCUUGGCAGCGUUAAUGAUUUCUUCAGCCAAGCACUCAGAAAUAGACUUGACAUUACGGAAAGCAGCCUCACGAGCACCGACGGUGAUAAGAGCGAUGGCUUGGUUAACACGACGAAGAGGAGAAACAUCGACAGCUUGACGACGAACGGUACCAGCGCUACCGAUACGGGUCGAGUCUUCACGAGGACCACAAGCGGCAACGGCGUCAACCAAAAUUUGGAGAGGGUUUUGGUCGGUCAAGAGAUUGAUGAUCUCGAAAGCGUGCUUGACAAUACGAGUAGCCAAAAGCUUCUUACCGUUGUUACGGCCGUUCAUCAUUAAGCUGUUGGUCAAACGCUCAACGAUGAAACAACGAGCCUUACGGAAACGCUUGGUUUGGAAACGGCCAGCGGUGUGAGGAAGGGGUUGACCAUUGCCAAUGGUGAUAUAAUCAACCAAAGAGAUGUCCUUCACUUCAACACCCUCAAAAGGGAACUUGUUAAAAAGUUUGAUGCUGCCAUUCUCAUCAAGAGAGACGCCCGGGGUGAGACUCGACGUAGCCAUCUUGCGUUGUGGUUUUUUCUUAGUUUCCAACUACGACUAAGAGUAUGGAAAGAAACUGUGACUGUUUUCAUACCCUACCCUAAACAAACCUUUUCGAAUGACUUUUUUAAGGAGUAUAAUAAUUCAGGUGAAUAGCGAUAUCGUAAUAAUGUAUAAUAUCCCACGCUAGAUUGCGGUAAUCAACAAAGCGUGCUUCCUGUGUAAUCAAAGAAUUAGGAAAUGUUCAGUUAAGUUUAGAAAUGAAAUACGAGAACCUUGUAUGCCA